CACCACCUCACCUCUGCUCUCCGUAGCCCGACCCGCUGCUCGCCCGCUGGGAGCGCAGUGGAGCCCAGUGUUGGGCACGAGCCUGGCGGGGCCGCAGGCUCAGCCCUGCUGCGCUCCGCCCCGCCUGGGCUCGGGGAAAAGGCCGCCGCGGGGACAUGUCGUGCCCCCCUCAGCGAGGGCAGGAGUGUGUGAAAGGCAGCGGGGCUGUCAGAGAGCGAAAUGUCAUCAGUGGAAUCACACCAGGAACAAUUGUCCCAGUCAGAUCCAUCCCCGUCACCAAACUCAUGUAGUUCCUUUGAGCUACUAGACAUGGACACUGGCAGUUUGUAUGAGCCAGUUUCUCCUCAUUGGUUUUAUUGUAAAAUAAUAGAUUCUAAGGAGACAUGGAUUCCUUUCAACUCUGAGGAUUCACAGCAGCUGGAAGAGGCAUAUGGAUCUGGAAAAGAUUGUAAUGGGAGAGUUGUCCCCACUGAUGGGGGCAGAUAUGAUGUGCAUUUGGGGGAGAGGAUGCGGUAUGCUGUAUACUGGGAUGAGCUAGCAUCAGAAGUGAGACGAUGUACCUGGUUUUACAAAGGAGACAAAGAUAAUAAGUAUGUUCCCUACUCAGAGAGCUUCAGCCAAGUAUUAGAGGAAACAUACAUGCUUGCUGUAACUCUGGAUGAGUGGAAAAAGAAACUGGAGUCUCCUAACAGAGAAAUUAUUAUAUUACACAAUCCAAAGCUUAUGGUGCAUUACCAGCCAGUUGCAGGGUCCGAUGAAUGGGGUUCAACACCCACUGAACAGGGUCGACCAAGGACAGUGAAGAGAGGGGUUGAGAACAUUUCUGUUGACAUUCAUUGUGGAGAACCUUUACAAAUAGAUCACUUGGUUUUUGUAGUCCAUGGGAUUGGACCAGCUUGUGAUCUCCGCUUUCGAAGCAUUGUACAGUGUGUUAACGAUUUUCGCAGUGUUUCCUUGAACCUGCUGCAGACACAUUUUAAGAAAGCCCAAGAAAAUCAGCAGAUUGGAAGGGUAGAAUUUCUUCCAGUCAACUGGCAUAGUCCUUUGCAUUCUACUGGUGUGGAUGUAGAUCUGCAGCGAAUAACUCUGCCCAGCAUUAAUCGCCUAAGGCACUUCACCAAUGACACAAUUCUGGAUGUCUUCUUCUAUAAUAGCCCCACCUACUGUCAGACUAUCGUGGACACAGUUGCUUCUGAAAUGAACCGAAUAUAUACACUUUUUCUUCAGAGGAACCCUGAUUUCAAAGGGGGUGUAUCCAUUGCUGGUCAUAGUUUAGGUUCACUUAUACUGUUUGAUAUACUAACAAAUCAGAAAGAUUCUUUGGGGGAUAUGGACAGUGAAAAGGAUGCACCAAAUAUUGUCAUGGAUGAGGGAGACACACUGACGCUAGAGGAAGAUUUGAAGAAACUUCAACUCUCCGAAUUCUUUAAUCUCUUUGAGAAGGAGAAAGUAGAUAAGGAAGCGCUGGCUUUAUGUACUGACAAAGAUCUUCAAGAAAUGGGAAUUCCCUUAGGACCAAGAAAGAAGAUAUUAAACUACUUUAGGACCAGAAAAAAUUUAAUGGGUAUUAAUAGACCAACCCUGCAGCCAGCUUCAGGGGUGACUAUAUCCAACAUCCUCAAAGAACCAGGCUUCUGCAGUAAAACCAAUGCUACUGGAAAUGGUGACUAUCUGGAUGUUGGCAUUGGGCAGGUGUCUGUAAAAUACCCCCGGCUCAUCUACAAACCAGAAAUAUUCUUUGCCUUUGGAUCUCCCAUUGGAAUGUUCCUUACUGUCCGAGGACUAAAAAGAAUUGAUCCCAACUAUAAAUUUCCAACAUGCAAAGGUUUUUUCAAUAUCUAUCACCCUUUUGAUCCUGUGGCCUAUAGGAUUGAACCGAUGGUGGUUCCAGGAGUGGAAUUUGAGCCAAUGCUAAUCCCACAUCAUAAGGGCAGGAAGCGAAUGCACUUAGAAUUGAGAGAGGGCUUGACCAGGAUGAGUAUGGACCUUAAGAACAACUUGCUAGGUUCACUGCGGAUGGCCUGGAAGUCUUUCACCAGAGCUCCAUACCCUGCCUUGCAGGCUUCAGAAACUACAGAAGAAACUGAAGCAGAAUCUGAAUCAAGUUCAGAGAAGCUGAGUGAUGUUAACACAGAAGAGACCCCUGUGACAGUUAAAGAAGAAGUCCCACCCAUCAAUGUGGGAAUGCUGAAUGGAGGCCAGCGCAUUGACUAUGUGCUACAAGAGAAGCCCAUUGAAAGUUUUAAUGAAUAUUUAUUUGCUUUACAAAGCCAUCUAUGCUAUUGGGAGUCUGAAGAUACGGUAUUGCUGGUCCUCAAAGAAAUCUACCAGACCCAGGGCAUCUUCCUUGAUCAGCCUUUACAGUAAAAAUGAACCAUAUAUGGCUGCUUGAUACACUGAAGGAUCCUCCCCCAGAAAACGCGCCUGCUUGUCGCUGCAGUUUGCCUCUCCUCAGCCGCGUCAUUUCCUGCACGUUGCCUGUCACUUACUUACCACUGGGUCUUUGGAAGAUAAUCUUGUUAUCUCGGAAGUGAGAGGAAAAGCAAAGGGAAGACCCUAUUACUUUUGACCACUGGCUUCAUAGAAGCACUUGCCACUCUUCAUAGUGGGGUUUGUUUGCAUCUUUAAUUCUGGAUGACAGGUGCCGUCCUCUAUUGCUUAUUAUUUGACAUAGUAUAAAGUCUGUUUUGAGUUUAUUUUGGCUUGGUAGAAAUUUUUCUAGGAAAUUAUUGCUUAUCUUUAGGAAAUGCUUCAGUUUGUAAGCAGGCUCCGGAGAGUCAGAAGGCAUUUUUGGGGUGCGCUCAUCUCAUCGCUGUUCUCUGCAUUUGGAGGCUAAGUGGGUGUGGAGCUGGGCAGCUUCCUUCGAGCAGCUUUUGUUUCCUACAAGUACUGUGUGAGGGACUGAAGUGUAGCUCACACACAGCAUUGUUUACUCUCCGCAGCGGACCGCUGCCUGCAAGGAAUCACUGAUGCUAUUCAUUGUUUUCCCAGCUGUUCGAGCUGCUCUCAGAGUCUUCAGUGGAUAAUUUAGUUCACAUUAGGUGCAUCUUUAUAAAGCAAAGAUGUUAUAUAUUCUAGACCUGGCCUUUUAUAUCAUGCUUCGAGUGGGGAGACUCUAGAUGAAAUCUUAGUUAUUUGAUAGUAACUUCUGUUCUUAAGUUGAGGUCAGAGUUAUAAGGGCUGACAAAACCUGAAAUCCCAUGGCCUUGACAGCGGACUAAAAUCAGUAGUACAUUUAAGGUGAAGUAGAAUUUGUGCAAGUCAACCACGAUAUUCACUUGAGUGAAGGCAGUAUUGUGUGUCCUCUUUGAAAACAUUUUGUAAACACCAUUGCCUCCUUAGGUACCCGUAAUCCAGAGAGCUUAUCUAACAGCCUCAUGGCACAGGUCGUGUUGGCUGGGCAGGUAGCUUCAGCUGGGAGAAAUAUUUCUUACUCUGAAAGAAAAAUCUGUGCAGCCAGUGCAGAGCCCGUGUCAGAACAUGCAAAGUGAGAUGUCCGUACCUUGCAGACGGCGGGUGCAUGUAGACUGGUACUUUCCAGGGCAUCUGCUCACUACUGUGCUGUGUAUUCUUUCUCAUUGGUCAGAGUUUGUCAUUGACUUUGCAGUUCUCUUUGUGGCAGUCCUUUACCCUCUUCUCCAACUCCUAUAGGCCUCUCUGUUUAUAAAGUGGAAUAGGCAGGCAAGCUGUGUCUUGUUUUUUAUAAAAAAAGGGUUUUUUGGUAAAUGUAUCAUGGUUAUCCAGUGCAUUGGCAUUUAACAUUUACUUAAGCCAUCCGUGUGACAGCAGUGAUCUCUAUCCCUUUCCAGAGAAAAGGAAAGGGAAGGUUAAUCAUUGUCACCUUAGAGAUGGCAGAGGUAGGGCUGGGGUACAGAAUCCAUUCCUGGCCUCUACUUGUCCAUCUGCUUAUAGACUAAUGCUGAGCCACUAAGAAGUGUCAGAUAUAUGGAAUACUUUUAUUUUCUUUACUAUAUCAGCUGAGUUUGAAGUAAGGGUGCAUUCAAUUAUAUUUUAAAGGGGAAGCUUUUGUCAAGUUGUUGUCUUCAAAUUUAAAUUUAUUCUUCAUAUUAGCAGAAUAGCUUAAGAGUAAACCAAAGGACAAGCAAGAAAGAAUGAGUCCCUAUAACCAAAGAUGAACAGCGUAACCCUGGAUAGCUAGAUAAACCACUGUUGGUACUAAGAAAAGUUUUCUGAUGGUGAGGGGCAGGCGACUGUAAAAGAGCUUCCUAUCUCGUCUCUCCACCUACGGUAUCAUCAUGGUUGUGUAGUACACAGGUUAAUAAGCUUGAUUUAAAUUCUUUAUUUAGCUGUGUUAUUUGCACUACUUCAGUUGUAUCAUGUGCAAUCUCUUGACCAAGCCUACUUUUAAACUCUGUAGAGUAUCAUUUUAUACAUAGUCCCUGCUACAGAAUUUGUAUUGCUUAUCUCAGCAAGAGAUUGUGUGCAUGGGAAGAUUAAUAGCACUGAUUAGCUUUCUAAUAUUUUGCACUUUUUGAAAUGUUUGUUUUUUACAUGAUUCUAUUUAAAAGUUUAUGAAAUACUGAAAUAAAACCAUAUUGACCAGUUGCCUACUUUUACCUGGUUCGAUCCAUUAUACAGAAAAUGAAUACAAUAACCAUUUUCUUCCCCUUUAUGUUAUUAAAGCUAAUUAAAAAAGGAAGUUUGGGGUAAAGAACUAAUAUUUAAGUUCUUUUCCCUUGACUGGUGUUUUCAUGAUCAUAGGCAGAUGUAGUUCAGAAUUAAAAGCACAGCAAUUACGAAGUCAGUGCUGAGACUAUUCAAUAUUUACAGAUAUCAGCCUCUACUAUGGCUUAGUUGUAUCACUUACGU